ACCAAGCCCCGGUCCGGAUGGGGAGUGCCAGUGCCCAUCCCUCCAGCCAUUGCUCCAGCUCCUCACCGCAUCCCCCAGGGAUCACCAGGCUGGUGACGCGGGGCCGGAGCCCCUGGCCAUGCCAUAAAGGCCAGGGCUGGUUGGGAGAGUUUGGCAAAGCCGUUGUUGGCUGCUCAGGAGGAGUUUAUUCCAUGUCGGAGCAGCAUCAUCCCCCCCGCCCCCCGCCGCCUGCGCCCCGGCCAACCCAGCAGAGCAGAGCCACGGCUCACCCGGAGCAGCCCAGGCUAAGGAAAAGGUGACCAGGAUGCGGCACCAUGGGAAGCCCUGGAGGUCCAUGUGCAAGGGGUUGGUUCUGGGGACCCUCCUGACCAGCUUCAUGCUGCUGCUCUACUCCUACGCCUGCUCCCCGCUGCAAGUCAGCAUGACAGAGAUCCCCAUUCCCUCCUCCUGCUCCUCCUCCCUGACCCCUGCCAGGGCACUGCUGGUGUCCAACACCACCACAGUGAACCCUUCGGGCGGGACCUGCGUGCCCAAGAUGAACGUCAUGUUCAUGAAGACCCACAAGACUGCCAGCAGCACCAUCCUCAACAUCCUCUUCCGCUUCGGCGAGAAGCACCACCUGAAAUUCGCCUUCCCCAAUGGCCGCAAUGACUUCUACUACCCCUCCUUCUUUGAGCACAGCCAGGUGAGGCACUACCAGCCCGGGGCCUGCUUCAACAUCAUCUGCAACCACAUGCGUUUCCACUACGAGGAGGUGCGGAAGCUCCUGCCGCCCGACGCCACCUUCGUGACAGUGCUGAGGGACCCGGCCCACCUCUUCGAGUCCUCCUUCCACUACUUUGGGCGCGUCAUCCCCUUGACGUGGAAGCUGAUGGGGGAGGACAAGCUGGCAGAGUUCCUCCGGGACCCUCGGCGCUACUAUGACCCCAAGGGGUUCAACGCUCACUACCUCCAAAACCUCCUCUUCUUCGAUUUGGGUUACGACAACAACAUGGAUGCUGACAGCCCGCUGGUGGAGGAGCACGUCCGGGAGAUCGAUCGGCGCUUCCACCUCGUCAUGUUGCUGGAGUAUUUCGACGAGUCCCUGGUGCUGCUGAAGGACCUGCUGUGCUGGCAGCUGGAGGACAUCCUCUACUUCAAGCUCAAUGCCCGGAAAGGUUCCACCGUGUCCCGCCUGACGCCAGAGCUCUACGAGAAGGCCACCUCCUGGAACCUCAUCGACGCCAAACUCUACCGUUAUUUCAAUGCUACCUUCUGGAGGAAGGUGGAGGCCUACGGGAGGGAGAGGAUGGCCCAGGAUGUGGCCGAGCUGCGGCGGGAGAACGAGAAGAUGAAGAGCAUCUGCAUUGAUGGGGGACACCCCGUGGAUGCCAGCGCCAUUCAGGAGUCCUCCAUGCAGCCCUGGCAGCCGCUGGGGGAGAAGUCGAUCCUGGGUUACAACUUGAAGAAGAAGAUCAACAAGAAGCACCAGAAGUUGUGCCGCAAGAUGCUGACACCCGAAAUCCAGUACCUGACCGACCUGGGGGUCAAUCUCUGGAUUACCAAGCUGUGGAGCCAUGUUCGGGAUUUCCUGAAGUGGUAGGGGGAUGGUGGGACCCCCCACACCCUCCCCUCACAAAACUCUCCAGGCAGGAACCAGGUGCUUUCGUUUCAUAACUCGUGGGGGCUUUUGUUUGGACAUGAGCAGGACCAGCUGGAGGCUCCAUGAGGACCCUCCCUCAUCAUCCUUCUGAGCCCCAGGUUGGGCUGUCACCCACCAGCUGGAGAGCAGCACCUCUGCCCCCACACCUGGAGUGGGGGAUCAGGGGGGGUGGGACUUUCCCAGCAGGAUCCACAUCUUCCUUCCCACAGACAGCCUGGAGGAGAUGUCCACGGAGGACCUGAGUACAGGGGGACUAGGACCUCCACCCCCAUGUCGCUGGAGAGGCACCGCAGGGGGGGCAGGGGUGUGGGGCCCCCUCACCCAGGGUGGGCAGAGGCCCCCCAAGGUGGGCAGACCCACUGGUGGGGACCCUGAGGGGCUUCUGGAGUCCCCACGCCUGCCCCCACCCGGGGUUGUGAGGAGCACAGCACGUUCUCAACCCACCCAUGGGUGUCACUCCAUGGCAGGUCGUGAUCCAGAGGUGGCCCAGAAGACACAGUGAUGUCCCCAUCAUGGACGUUUUGGGGUGGGUUUGGAGGACAGCAAACCCACCACAGUAGCCCUGGUCCCCAUGGGUGAAGGAUGUAGGUGCAGCGCGCCCCAUCCCACCCCCCCACUGUCUUGGUUAGAGGGUCCCUGGUUCCCAGAGGGGACAUCCCAGAGGUCCAUGGGAUCUGGUGAGAACUGGCAUGGGGAGGAGAUGUGGAGAUGGGGCUGGUGGCCACCAUCCCAGUGAUGAUGGUGGGGACAAUCCCAGAGUGUCCUGGCCAGGCUGGAUGACACUGGCAACGUUGUGUCCUGCCAUGAGUGGCCUUGGCUGGGCAUGGAGGUGGCACCCAUGGCUGAACCACCCUGGCACAAUGGGUCCUCCCAGCCCCUGGCCCAGCUCUGCUCCCUACAGGGGGACCAAGAAUAAAAGAGCAAUUCUACUUUUG